AAAGAUAGCAAUGGCCGGACACCGCUAUGGUGGGCAGCAGCGAACGAGCGCGAGGCCGUAGUCAAGCUGCUUCUCAAGAAAGGCGCCGACCUAGAGGCCAAAGAUGCCUCCGGUUGGACACCACUAUUAACGGCAGCAGCGAACGGGCACGAGGCCGAGGUCGAGCUGCUUCUCGAGAAAGGCGCUGACCUAGAGGUCAAAGAUAGCAAUGGCCGGACACCGCUAUCGUGGGCAGCAACGUACGGGCACGAGGCUGUGGCCAAGCUGCUUCUCGAGAAAGGCGCUGACCUAGAGGCCAAAGAUCGCCGGGGUCGGACACCGCUAUCGCGGGCAGCAGGGAACGGGCACGAGGCCAUGGCCAAGCUGCUUCUC